AUGCACGAUGUCGACAGCUCGCUGACCCUCGAAGACUCGGACCGCAUGUUCGUUCGUCUGGCUAACGGUCUUUGCCCUCGAGAUGAUGAGGGCAAUGGUAGCGACAACGACUCGGGCUGGAAAGAUGAUCUCAGGUUCAUUAUUCCAAUUGGAGUUUUUCUCUUCUUGCUGGGGUGCGCCGGAUUGAUCUUCCUCUACCGACGGCAGAAGAAGGACUCCGAAGAGGAAGCCCCCAAGGAGGUGGAGAAGGAUGAGCCAUCCAGCCUUCCAUACGUGUUGACAAUGCACUCAGUAGCAUGA